GACGCUUUCUGGGCGCUGCUGGUGUUGAAAGCAGCGCGGACCUCCACGAUGAUCCAGGCCAUCUUGGUGUUCAACAACCACGGCAAGCCGCGGCUCGUCCGCUUCUACCAGCGCUUCCCCGAAGAGAUCCAACAGCAGAUUGUGCGGGAGACCUUCCACCUUGUUCUCAAGCGAGAUGACAACAUCUGUAACUUCUUGGAGGGCGGGAGCUUAAUGGGCGGCUCUGACUACAAACUCAUCUACCGCCACUACGCGACCCUCUACUUCGUGUUCUGCGUGGACUCCUCCGAAAGCGAACUUGGCAUCUUGGACCUCAUCCAGGUGUUUGUAGAGACCCUGGACAAGUGUUUCGAAAAUGUCUGCGAGUUGGAUCUGAUCUUCCAUAUGGACAAGGUGCACUACAUCCUGCAGGAGCUGGUCAUGGGGGGCAUGGUGCUGGAGACCAACAUGAACGAGAUAGUCGCGCAGAUGGAGGCACAGAACCGCCUGGAGAAAUCGGAGGGUGGUCUCUCAGCUGCGCCUGCGCGUGCUGUGUCGGCCGUGAAGAACAUCAACCUGCCCGACAUCCCUCGAAACCUCAACCUUGGGGACCUCAACAUCAAGGUCCCCAACCUGUCACAGUUUGUCUGAGGACUGAAGAUGGGGCACCGCCCUGGAGUCCCCACCCCACCCCAUCUUCGCCACUCCAGCCCAGCCAGAGCCUCAGAAUAGUUGAGCCUGGGGUCCAGCACCCUGAGUCCCCAAAUUAGGGAGCACUGGGUGCCCUUUCUCUAUGCCUGCAGGGACCAAACUGGUGCGGGGCACAGAAGAGCUUGCAGGCUGCUAAGGGCCGUCCUGCCUCUCUAU